AUGAAUAUCGAACAUUUUGAAUAUUAUGAUUUGUAUUCACCAUCAACAUCAAAUUUGUCCAAUGAUACUGUGAUUAAAUAUGUCAUACGUUUUCAUCGUAUUUAUCCAUGGUUAUUAUUCCCAUUUGGUUUUAUUGGUUCAUUAUUAACAAUAUUAAUAUUUACAAGAAAAAAAUUUCAAAAAUAUGGUUGUUCAAUAUUAUUUGUUGCAGAAAGUUUUAUGGAUUUAAUAUUAAUUACAUUGAAUUGUAUUCGUCUUAUAAUACGUUAUUCAUUUCAAUCCUAUUUUCUACAACGUUCAAUUUAUAUAUGUCGAACAUAUAAAUUUAUAACAAAUUAUUUUUCACAUUGUGCCGUUUGGAUUCUAUGUGUUAUAUCACUUGAACGUGCUGCUGUUACAAGACGUAUUGUUUGGAAUCAAAACAUUUUUAGUCAUAAACAUUCAUAUUGUACAUUAAUUAUAAUAUCAACUGUUUUAUUUUUUCUUAAUAUUCAUUAUUUAAUAUUUUUCGGAUCUGAACAACGAAAUUAUCGAUUUCAAAAUAAUGACACGGAAAAAAAAUUAUUAAUUAUGUGUAGUUCAAAUUUAAUACGGCCACCUGUUGAACCAUAUGAUCAUUUUCUAACAUUUUAUUUUUCAUGGAUGGAUUUCAUAAUAAAUUCUUUAAUACCAUUUAUUAUUAUUUUAAUAGCUAAUGCAACUGUUGUUUAUUCUGUAUGUAAAUCUCAUAUAUUAAUGAAACAAUUAGGUUUAAGACAAACACGUUCACCACGUGAUACACAAUUAGCAUAUAUUUUAUUUGUUUCAACAUUUCUUUUUUUAUUAUUAACAUUUCCAUUACGAGUAUUUUCUGUUAUUGAACCAUAUUUAAAAUAUAAAAAAAAAUAUUUAAUUUUAUCCGAUGGUAUUAUGAGAUUUCUAUUAUAUCUUGAUCAUGGUUGUGGAUUUUAUUUUUAUACAUUUACUGGAGAAUUAUUUCGUCGUGAAUUAAAAAAAGUUUUAUAUGAAUUUUUAUUUCUUAUUUUUCGACGACGAUUCUCCGAUUGGACAUCAAGUGAUUCAAGACGUCUUAGUGAAUUAAGUUGUUCAAAUGGUGCUUCACAUAUGAUUCAUUCCCAAACACAACAACAACAGCAACAACAUGAAAGUGUUCCAUUACAAGAUUCAACAAGUAGUUGCGGUGGUGGUAAUUCUGGAGUUAAAAAUUCAUUACAUUCAUUACAACCUCAAAAACUUUCUUAUCAUACAUCAUAUCAUCGUUGUGUUUAUGCCAAACAACAUCCAUAUAAUUCUUUUUCAUCAUCACGUACAAGACUUAAUCCGUUGAUUGGAAAACAAAAUUCUGAUCAAACUGGUCUUGUUAAACGACAUAGUUCAUCUUGUUUUGAAUCACAAUAUAAAACUAUGCCAGUACCAUUAAAUAAUUUACCUGAUCCAAUGAGUAAAUCACAAAGUAAAGAAUUUUUCAAGAAAAAACAACGUGGGCAACAGAAAAAAAAUAGUAUUGCUACCGGUGGUACAGCAAUAAGCAAUCCUGGACAAAGUAAAGGACAUCAUUAUCAAGUAUCUCAUGGAGGUGCAACUAGUUUACUGGGUGGUGGUGAAGAUCCAGCUGUUGUUGUUAUUAAUCCACAUCCACCAACUACAGGACAUCAUACAAAAGAAAAACGUACAAAAAUUUGUUGUUUAUUAUAA